UAAAAGUGAAAAAUUUAUAAUUUGUCAGUUAUUGAAAAGGGAAAUGCAAAUAUUACCAAAGAAUAUGGGUAUGGCAACACCAGUGUUGAUUAUAAAACAAAAGGGAUCAAAAAUACAAUUUUGUCACUGCUGGUGAUUUGUUUUUAAUUGUUUAAACUAUAGGUUGCGUUAAAAACCACGAAAUAUACAAUAAAUUGAUAAUAUAACAUUUAUUUAAUGGAAUAAGUUAACGCAUCAAUGAUCCAAAAAUAUAAGUGCUUAAUAGAAAUGAAUUGGAAGUGUGAGAUACAAAAAUUAAAACAAUAACUUAGCGAAACCCGUAAUCACAACAAAAGCUUUAGAAUUUAAAUAACAUACUAAUACAAAUAGUGGAAAUGUAUUAAUGUUGUAUAUUUAUCAUUGUAAGACAUUGCAAGACGUGUUUAACGUAAAAUCGGUUACAAAAACACAACGAUUAAACAUAAAUUCGGGAAAAAAGUGAGUUCUGCCAAAACUACGAAGCCCUUGGCUAUUGAUUCUAAGUAUUACGUUUGCUGGUCUUCUGGGGUCAAUGGCUGACUUCGAUGCAAUAUAUGAAGAUGAACAACUGGAGGAGCAUUAUGAAGAUCAAAUGGUUGCACCCGUCCCAGAACCAAUCAUCAUACGAGGUGCUGGCAACAUGACAGUAUUUGGUUUGAGUAAUCGCUUCAAUACAGAAUUCCCCUCGGGUCUGGUUUCGCGUGUCGCACCUGAAGAAUUCAAAGCAACAAUCGGACGUAUUAAUGGCAUUUUAAAGAAAACACUACCGGUAAACGUGAAAUGGUUAUUUUGCGGCUGUGUCUGUUGUUGUUGUACACUGGGUUGUUCUCUGUGGCCGGUCAUUUGCUUGAGCAAACGGACACAAAAUACGCUUGAUAAGCUGCUUGAAUGGGAGAAUAGUCAUUUGUAUCAUAAACUAGGCAUACACUGGCGACUUCAUAAGCAACAAUGUGAUUCAAAUUCGAUGAUGGAGUAUGUGCUGCGUAUUGAAUUUAUACCGAAGACGCCAAUUUAUCGUCCGGACUAAAUAAACAUGAUUUAAAGAUCACACAUCA